GUGUGUUUACGCCUCUGGAAAAUAACUGGCAGAAACCUGUUCCUCAGCUGGAGUUUCACUUUUGUCUCCGGAGAGCAGUGCGGCACUCAGACUGACGGCAGAGCUGCAGGCCGGAUCGCUCUCUGGCUUUAGCAUACACAGCUGCAGGGUAUCAACAUGUCGGCUCUGACUGAGGAGCAGCUUCUGUGCUGCAUCUGCCUGGAUGUCUUCAUUAAUCCAGUCACGUUACCAUGUGGACACAACUUCUGCAAAAACUGCAUCACGGAGCACUUGAAUUUUAAUUCCCAGCGCCAGUGUCCCAUGUGUAAAAAGUGUGUUAAUAGAAAAUGUAAGCUUGGGGUCAAUACUUUAAUAUCUGAGAUGGCUGCUCAGUUCAGACAGUCAGCUGGAAGGACAGCCAGCAACAGCUCAGAGCAACAAGUUGACGUUUCCUGUGAAGUUCCUACUAAAACUAAACGGACAGCCCUGAAGUACUGCUUGUUGUUAGCAUCAGGCCUUGCAUGUGUGAUCAUUAUCUACUUUACAAUUAACCUAAAGCUUCAUCAAACAGUGUCCAGCCUGAAAAAUCAUCCGCUGUUUGAGAACGUGGCAAGCAGCAUGUGUCCUCAGCAUGGCGAACCUCUGGAGCUCUACUGCAAGAAUGAACAAAUGUCCAUAUGUCGGUCCUGCGCUCACUCAAGUCACAGAUUUCAUGACAUUGUUCCUCUAAAAGAAGAAUAUGAAAUAAAGAAGAUGGAGCUUUUGAAAAUAGAGGCUAAAAUUGAGCAGAAGAUCCUGGAGAGACAACUGAAAAAUCAGGAGAUCAAACAGUGGGCGUGGGUUAGCAAGGAAGCUGCCGACAGAGAGAUGGCUGGUGGUGUUCAGCUCUUCACUACUUUGAUACAGUCUUUGGAAAGAACCCAGGCAGAGCUCAUCGGGAUGAUUGACGCAAAGCACAAAACGACUGAGACACAGGCCAAAGGUUUCACCCAAGAGCUGGAGCAGGAAAUCUCUGCGCUGACGAGGAGGCGGGCCGAGGUGGAGCAGCUCUUACACUCAAAAGACAAGCUCCAUUUCCUCCAGAACUUCCCAUCCAUGAACGCUGCUCCAGUCACCAGAGACUUGCCAGAGGUUUGUCCAGCUUCGAAUGGAGGAAUCCUGAGGACAGCUCUGGUAACAGCUGUAGAUCAGCUGACAGAGAUAAUCAGAAAUGAGAUGGAGAAGCUGCAUGAAGCUGAGCUGAAAAGCCUCCAGCCGAAUGCCCUAGAUGUGACUCUGGAUCCUGAUACAGCACAUCCAUAUCUUAUCUUGUCUGAUGAUGGGAAACAAGUACACUAUGAUGACGCGAGGGAGAAGCUCCCAGACAGCUCAAAACUAUUUGAAUUUGGACCUUUUGUCUUGGGAAAGCAGAGUAUAUCUUGUGGAAGAUUCUACUAUGAUGUACAAGUUAAAGGAAAGACUGAAUGGAUUUUAGGAGUGGUCAAAGAGUCCCUCAACAGGAAAGAAGUUCAACCAGACCCUGAAAAUGGCAUUUGGGUUCUAUUUCAUAGACAUGGAGAUCAGUACUUUGCACUUGCUAAAAGGUCUGGCCCUCUCUCUGUGAAUGGUCAGCCUGAGAAGGUCAGAGUGUUUGUAGAUUAUGAGGAGGGUCUGGUCUCCUUUUAUGACGUAGAUGCUGCAGCUCUUAUCUACUCCUUUACAGGCUGCUCCUUCACCGAGAGACUUUACCCAUUCUUCAGUCCUUUUCCUAGUAAAGAUGGUGGAAACUCUGCCCCUCUGAUUAUCUCUCCUGUCCAUUAAUUACAUAUUAAGUCAGACUAAUCAUUGCCUUUGCAACAACCUGCUAUGUUUUAUACUUACAGCUGAACACAUUUGUUGUUGGGUGGUUACAGUAGUGUCAUUGGGUUGUCGUAGAUAGUAGGCAACUACAUAAAAGUGUAUUCUAUGGUGUUAGUUGUUGCAGUGUGUUUGCUAGGGGGUUUUCAGUGGUUGUUAAGGUGUCACUAAUUGAUUGCUACAUGUAGCUGUUGCUAGAUUGCUCCUGAUGCUAGAAUGUUGCUAUGAGUUUUCGAAAGUGUUCUGGUUGGUUCUUACAAAAGCGCAUUGUAUUUACUGAAGUAAAAAAAAAAAAAGCAUGUUGGGUAACAUUGGGUAUUCAAACAAAACUACGUGGUUAGGUUUAGGCAACAGAAUCUUGAUUAGGGUUUAAAUAAGUAACCUAAAGGAUUAUUAGGAACACCUGUUAAAUUUCUCGUUAAUGCAAUUAUCUAAUCAACCAAUCACAUGGC